AUGAACGUCACCAUCCCGGACCCGCUUACGGUCCUACCUCCGGAGAUCGUGCUCCGCAUCCUCGACUUCACGCCCGUCUCGGCUCUAGGAUCGCUUACUGCCGUGUCGCCCGCCUGGCACCAAUUCAUCGACGGAACGCAUCAAGAAGCCAUCUACUCGUCGCCGACAAAGACUUCGCAACCGCACAAGACCUCACAGCCAGCUGGCGGCGCGCGCGACUUCUCGUUCGUCAAUGACUACACCAGCUUCUCCAAGCUCUUUGAUGGCAUCACAUCAUGGAAAGAUCUGUGUAAACGACAAACGCUGCUCGAGCGCAACUGGAACACACGGCAACCUACUACUCGCGAAUCCAUCUUGCAAGUUGGCAACCAUGCAGUAUGGCGGUUCAAAGCUGACUUCAAGCGCCGCAUCUUCAUCUCGACAUCUCAUGCAGGCGGGUUGUACGUAUCCGACAUGGAUACGGGUCGCAUCCUAUGGCAGCUGCCUUCAGCUCUAGACACGACUGAAGACCAUGCCGUCAGACCGUAUGCGCAUCUGGAGUAUCAAGAUGGGAUGGCUGCCUUUGAUCGCGAAGGAGAUGCAGUUGAAAUUUGGCGGACAGAUCAAGAGGGCACAUCAAGAGGAGAGUUUCAACGCUUUGCUGUCCUAGAUCACGAUUGUCAGACAAGAGGAUUCCAGCUCUCGUAUUGGACACUUGUCGUGGUCUCAGUAGAGGGCCAGGGCUUUGUAUACGACAUGAAGCAGAACCCACCAAAACUGACUACGCAUCUGGAGAUCGAGCAAGACGCGGUCGGUCACCUGGAUCAGAACGAGGAUGUGGUUGUGUAUUCAAUGGGAACGCGUGGUUACCAUGUCUAUGACAAGAAGUCUGGGCAGGCCUUGGGCAUCCUACAACCAUCGCAAUGUACAGAGAAGUACCAUGUUGAGCCCUUACCACCCACCGAUCCACCAUCCUCCAAUGCAGCAUUGGCUGCUUUGCGUUAUGGUCGGCCAUCACGACGCAUCUUCCCUCCCUCAGCACCUCGCAAAAGCCGCUUGACGCCUAUACAUCUCGGCAAGGGCCCUCUUCCAAACGCAUCUCGCGACCCAAACGAGGAAGACGAGUGGGGUGCCGGUAUGCUGGACCGUAGCAGCAACCUCUUUGUAGGCUUCUCGCGUCUGGGUCGUAUCUUUGUCUGCACCGAUCUCCGCAAGGCAUUAGAAGACGGGUCGAAGAACUUAGCAAGUGUUAGUCAGAUCCUGGAGUGCGAGUCUGAUGGUUCAACUUUCGAUUUGGGUGGUUGGCUUUCUGCACGGAACCAUCGUAUCAUGUUCGAGAUUCAGAACAGAGUGUAUGUCGUUGCGCUCAGAAAGGACAAUCGGAUCAGUGUUGUAGACGAGGCUGAGGAAGUGGGACCUUCAUACUCGUUUCUCACGAGUUCGGCGCCGCAGCUCGCGGUGCCGGUCAGUUUUAUGGCUCUGUUCGACGAUGCUAUCAUGACAACAUACGCGACACUGGGCCAACGACGGGAAGAAGGAGGAAAUGGACGCAUCUUCCCGACAAAAGCAAUUCGCAUCAUCAGCCUUGCGCCUAGCCUUGACAAUGGCGAUAACGCGACCACCGAAGUCGAAGACCCAAUACUCGCCAAUUUGUCGCAGCAUAUUGAAAGACCGCAAGACGAAUUGUUGCGCUUGUUGUUGAUGUUCGAUGAGGAGCCGAGCGAUGACGAUGAUGUCACUGGGCUGGAGGAUGAGUGGGUUGAUGAGGAGGAGACGAAUUAA